CCACUUCGCAUCGAAGAAGGCGCUGCAGAACGGUCAGAACAGUGAAAGUGGCAGCCAGUCCUUUCGCGGACCACGCGAUUCGUCAAGUAGGCCCGUGCCGGCACAGGAAUAAGUGAAAGGGGUGCUUCUCUAUCGCUCUAAGCGUAUUUUCGGGCACUAAUAACUGAUUGCGCUUGUUCUGAGUUAAAGCGCUAAAAACGUUUUGGUGUUAAGAGCGCUUAAACGUGCAUGUGUGUGAUUUUUGAAUAUUUGGUGGAUACUAUUUUGUGCAAGGUGAUUCACGGAGCUUUGACAAUAAGAGUGGCAUGUUUUAUCAAGCACACAUUUUGGAUAUUAUAUCGGAAAAUUAAAACUGAAGCACCUCAGACCCUAUCCCUUUCUUAGUUAUGUGAGGCAAAAAAUCGCCACCGGCCGUCAGUAAGGAGGAUCUCGGCAUGGAUUCGUCCAGGAUAGGACUGGACUUCAUCGUCGAGAACCCCGAUUAUAUUCGAAAGUUAGCGGCAGCGUUGGACACUCAAAAUGCUACUGUCAAGAAACAAGUAUUCGAAUUGCUGUCAGCACUGUGCGUCCACAACGAAGAUGGCCGAGCGAGGGCACUUGAUACAUUAGAUCAUUUUAAGAAAUUAAAAAGCGAGAGAUAUAGACUGAGUGUGAUAGUUCACGAACUUGACCGAGCCACCGCCGUGGACUAUCAAACUGCCUUGGUGGCCUUUAUCAACUGUCUGAUCAUUUCAACACCCCGGCUCAACGACAGAACGAGGCUUAGAAACGAAUUUAUAGGAUGUCACCUUCUUCCGGUGCUGAACAAUCUCAGGAAAUGUGCGGAAGCGGAACCAGAACUGGCGGUCCAGUUGGAUGUUUUCGAUGAGCAACGAGAAAGCGACGACGCUCAAAGUCUCCAGGGACCCCAUGGGGUAGAUCUCAAUUCGCCUUUAGACGUUUUUUACGCAAUUCUCAAACAGGUAGCUGAAACACCUCAAGAAAUCCCUUUUCUUAGUAUUCUUCAGCACCUGUUGCGUAUCGAUACUAAAGAACCGAUCAGCGACAUCAUAUGGGACACUGCAGAACGACUUGUACAUCGCGCCACUCUACUAGAAAAUCGCGAGGACUCAGCAAGGCUUCUGAGAGCUCCCAGUACGCAAUCCAAGUUCUUCUGCCACUGCCAACACCGGAUCGAAAGUCCCAGUAGGAAACAAUCGCUGAGUACUCCUUUGAGUCCGACGCCACCUUCUAUAAUUGGACCACCGCCACCACCUCCAUUAGGACCCGCACUACCUCCACCACCGCCUCCACCGCCCAUAAUACCCCCACCUCCAUGUAUACCACCUCCCAUUCCCGCUCCUCCUCCUCAUCAAUUAAAAACCAAAACUCCAGCUGCCUCACAAACUGAAACUGAUGCUGUGAUAGAAAAAUUACCCCAACAAGAAAUACCCGCACCAAAAACGAAGAUGAAGACCAUCAAUUGGAACAAAAUACCAAACAAUAAAGUAGUAGGAAAAAAGAAUAUUUGGACACAGGUAGCGUACUCACAUCAACACUCUCCCAUGGCUGACAUGGACUGGUCAGAAAUGGAAGGGUUAUUUUGUCAGCAAGCCCCACCAUCAGCACAUUCAUCGCCAAAGUUAGGACAUAGAGACUCAUCUGAUAAUUUGGAACGAAGAAUGCGCAAGGAUACGACAGAGAUCACCCUUUUGGACGGAAAGAGGAGCUUAAAUGUCAAUAUAUUCCUUAAGCAAUUUAGAAGUUCCAAUGAAGAUAUAAUUCAGUUAAUAAAAAAUGGCGAACAUGAUGAAAUUGGUACGGAAAAACUGAAAGGGUUGUUGAAACUAUUACCGGAAGUAGAUGAAUUAGACAUGUUAAAGUCGUUUAAUGGAGAUUUUAACAAAUUAGGAAAUGCGGAAAAGUUUUUAAUUCAAUUAACUAAUCUUUCAAAUUACAAGUUGCGAAUAGAAAGUAUGUUACUGAAAGAAGAGUUUGCGUCGAAUAUGGGAUAUUUGCAACCUAGCAUCAAUUCAAUGAUAAGCGCCGCACAAGACUUAAUGACGAACAAACCCUUACAAGAAGUUCUGUACAUGGUUCUCAUAUCCGGAAAUUUCUUGAACUCGGGCGGUUAUGCGGGUGGUGCUGCUGGAGUGAAAUUGACUUCAUUGCAAAAAAUAACUGAUAUUAGAGCUAACAAACCAAAUAUGAAUCUCAUACAUUUUGUUGCAUUGCAAGCAGAAAAGAAAAACAAAAAAUUGCUUUCCUUUACUGACAACACAAAUGUAUUAGAAGAUGCUGCAAAGACAACUGUCGAACAACUUCACAACGAAAUAAAUGCGUUAGAUGUAAGAAUAAAGAAAAUCAGAAAACAGAUAGAAACACCUACGACAGAAGCUGAGAUUAAAGCUCAAAUGACCGAGUUUUUGCAGAUGGCAGAAAUCGAAGUCGCAAGCCUUCAAAUAAACUUAGGAGAGUUAGAACAUGUACGAAAAGAAUUAUCUGACUUCUUUUGCGAGGACGUCAAUUCGUUUAAGUUAGAAGAAUGUUUUAGGAUAUUUCACGGAUUCUACUGUAAAUUUAAACAAGCCGUUAUUGAAAACGAGAGGAGGAGGAUACAGGAAGAACAAGCCAACGAAAGGAGACGACAACGUGAAGAACUGUUGGCCGCAAAACGAAGGCAAAUGGGCAAUCUUAUGGGAACACCAGAUGCAGAUUUUAGUAUAGACAUGCAAAUAUACGACACUCGAUCAUCAUUCCGAAUGAGUAAAGGCCGUAAGAAUGGUUCCGAGGACGAAAACUCUAUAUCAGGAUCUCCAUCUUUGUCAAGGCGUAGACUAGGUUCGUUCAAUGGAAACGGUGGUGAUACUGUCGUUAGCGGUAAAGAAGAAAAAUCCCCAGAUAUUACUCCAAACGGUAGUUUAAGACGGAGAAGAAGCAGAGUUUUAUCUGAAGACGAUGAAGGCAAUCUUAUGGAUUUCCUAAGAGCUUCUGGUGGUGAUAACAAUAGGGAAAGAAAAUCUUGGGGUAGUUUGGAUCGUUCUUGGGCAAGAAAAGCACGAGGUAGUGGGCCCAGGAAAAGGCCGGCUCUUCUUUCGGCAGACUUCUCUAGUGACCGAGAAAGACCGUCAUCACCUUCGCCUUUAACGGAACAGAAGUCGAUAGUCUCCGCACCAGAAGAAGAAACCAAACCAAAGGAAUGGAGGCAGAAGAUAGAGUCUUGGUUGCAAGCAAACGAAAACGAUCAACUGAGUGAUGAACAAAGAAGAGCUAGACGGUUAGCUAAUAGACGGUCAUUGGAGAUGGAUUCCGAGAGCGAAAGAAGUAGUACUUUAGAUACUCUUCCCGAAGGCAAACAGGUGUAUAGUGGUGGUCAAUCUAAUUAUAGAAAGGUAAACCCAGCAUGGCAGCCUUCCAGUACUAUUGAAAAUACUGAUGUUGUUAGUGCAAUGGAAGCUGUUGAAGAGGUUCAGCCACAAAUAAAAGACAAAUCAGCUUGGCGAAAGUCAACUCUAAAUGUCGCCAACAGCACAGAAGCCACAAAGGAUGACCCAUACGUAAACCGUAAUACGCUUCCAAGAGAUAAUUCAUUACAUUCCAUAGACGAAGAUAAGACGAUUGACCGGAAGGGUCUGAUUAGUUCUCUUGGAGAGCGUAUGCCGACUGAUAGACUUACUUUAUAUAUUAGAAAACCUUCGGAACCAUCGUUCAUAUCUCCCACACCACCCUCGUUUAUCUCUAACUCCCGCCGAACCAACGAUUCUCAAUUAAGUAGUCCCGAUGGUGUUUCCAAUAAUAACAAAUUAGAAAUAGAUCAAGACAAUAUCGAAACACCACCGGCAACUAGAAGAGUAUUUGUACCUACACCCGUUGAUAAGAGGGAGCCGGUAAUGCCUGGACCUUGUAGCAGAAGAACUGGAAGAAGUAGCAGCUCUUUGAUGUCAAUGAUUAGUCCAGAUGAACCCGAGGAUGGAUCGGUGCUCGGCGAUGGACAAUUUGAUAGGUACUCUGCUACAAGAAGAACUAGACGAUAUAAACGUAAUCAAGAAAACCCAGAAAUUACGACUACUUCUCCGACUGAAACUGUUGCUGCAGAAACACAAAUUUUGAAAUCACCCGCUCAAAUAGAAGUAUCUCAGCCUGUGGUAGAACCAGAGUUAGAUAAAGAGUCGAGGUUAAAGGUGUGGCAAGAAAAACUCAAAAGUCAAAAUGAUCAUGAGACAAGAAAUGGAAGAAGAUGGAGAAAUCAAACGGGAGUCAAUCCAAGUGAUGUGGAAACUGCUCUUAAAUUAAAUAAAGGGAACUCGAAUAUAUCAACGACAUACCUUGCGCCUGAAACGACAAAGGCGACAUCCAACAAAAUCGAUAUUCCCUCUCGUAAAACCAAAGAACACGACAAUGAUGAGGGAUUCGAAGAGACCCAGAGCCUUAUGUCAGAGUCACCGAGUCAAGGCGCAUCAUCAGGUGGCGGCAAUUACGACACGGACAUUAUAGACACCGCACAAAUAGUAGUAGCUAAUUUCACCAAACCGAAAUCCAUUCGACAGAUGUCUCUAGAUAAUAAAACUGAGGACGCAAAUGGCAACAGUGAAGUUGCGCAAUCAAAUUAUAGGAAUCCAUUAAGAACGUCUAGGUUACAAUCACUACCUACAUCUAAAACUCCCAAAAGUCUCAUUGGUCAACGGAAACAGAGUCAGGAUAGUGCACUUAACAAAAAGAGUAUUAUUCCUAGAAGAUCCGAGAGUCUUAAGCCAGAUUUAAAAUCUGCCACAAAUUCGACAAAGUCAUAUGGUAUACAAAAGUCAAAUUCCAGGAACUCUAUCGUCAGUUCCCGAAGUUCCCUGAACAGUGCCACCUCUACUAGCACCGUCAAAAAGUUACCUCUCAAACCAAAUACUAGUAGUAAUGUUUCUCGUCCGAUCCAGAGAAUACCCAGCAACAAGACAAUACCUUCCCCGUCCAAGGUCAACCUGAAACGGACCAGCUCCAUCGGAAAUAGCACCGGAAAUAGGCCUCCGCGACCAUUGGCCAUGAGCUUCAUGAAACCAACGGCAUCUAGUGCUACAAAAAGUAAUCAAGCGCUUGUGACUAGUAGGCUUGGUUCAUUUAGAUCAAAAAAUUAGAUUUUAUAAUAAUAGAUUUAGUAAUGAAGUGGCCUUGAAAUUGUCCUAUCUGGGACAUUCUAAAAAAUGCUCAAAUUCGUAGAUAUUUUCAAAAAAGCGUAAAUUUUUAUGUUGACAAAAAUUGAUAUUUUGUUUUGAAAAGAAAGGAAAAAUGAUUUUAAAAGCCCAUUUAAAACUAGUUUGCACUCCUAUUUUCCUUUUAAUUUUUGGUCUGAUUAUUUUUUAUUUCAGGGUUAUAAUAUAAAAAAUUCUCAUUAUGUUAUAAUGAGAAUUUUAUUGACUAAUCUAAUAUAAACAGGCGUACCAUUACCAUGUGUUUUGAAUUUCGUUUAUCAUCCUUUUUUAGCUCUCUUUAUGGAUAUGUGAGCGGCCGUGGAGUAACGGCAUAAACGCUGGCCUCAUACGCCAGUGCACGUGGGUUCGAGCCCUGCCAAAGAUAAACCAUUUUCAUUUCCAAUAAUGACACGAGCCGUCUCACCGUGCCUCGGAGAGCACGUAAAGCCGUCGGUCCCCCUGGGCUAGUGUACAUCGGCACUAGUUGCUUAAAACAGGGUUAAAGAUGUAAAUGGCGCCGGAACUAUCCGAAAGGAUCUCCCCGGCAAAAAUGCCAUACGAUAUUAUUAUAGCUCUCUUUAUUUUUAGGGCUAUUUUCGUUGAUUUCCUGCUAGAUAUAAAUUUUAUGAACUUAUCCAUUUCCUUCAACGUAUUAAAUUGAAUAGUAGCAACAAGAUUCAUAGACUAAAGGUCUCUAUUUAUAUAAGGAUUUUAACAGCUAUUGCCGCCUUCCUUCUUUCAACCAACGUCUCCAGUACACUCAGGUCUGCCAUUUUCCAUCUCUAAGGUCUCCUCUUUCCAUGGCCUCGUCAACUCCAUCCCUCCAUGAUCUUCGGAGUCUACCUCUUCUUCUCUUUCCUAUUGGGCUCCAAUCCCAAAUCUUUGAUAUCCACCUUGUACAAUCUGCUCUUCUGACAUGUCCAUACCAAAUUAAACGUUUUUCUUCGAUGUAGGUGAGGAUGUCUUGUUCUACUGCCGUUCUUCGUUUUAUCUCCUCAUUUCUAAUGCGACCUAUUCUUGUCACUCUGCAGCUUCCUCUCAUGAACUCCAUUUCAGUUGCUGUAAUUUUUGACCUGUUAUGUUUGUUUAUUAACCAAUUUUCUCCUCCAUUGGUCAUUAUACUACGUACCAAGGUGAGCUGGUAAUACGUCUGGUGGCUGAGCUAUAGCGCCCUAAGUCCGGGAUUACUUGGAUGUAUAAUAAAAUACCAUCAUUCUCACUAUAAUUAUAUUUGAUCUUCACAGUGUUCAUUUAAACAUAACAACGGUCUAUUUGUAAACAAUAACAAUGUCACGACUAGCGUAUUAUUUCUUCAUCGCGUGACUAAUCGAUUGAUCUGAAUGGGUCGUCGCUUCUUCUUGUUGGUUUAUAUAUACAAUACUAAAUCACAACAUACAUAGUUCAUUAGCGGUCAAUACCUAUCAUAUGUACAUUAAUAUAAACUAUAUUAUAUUUUGAAAACUUGAAUAUCUGGGGCAUAUAAUGAGAGGUAGCAGAUACAGGAUGCUGCAGUUAAUACUCAAUGGAAAGAUCGACGGAAAAAGAGGAAUUGGUCGAAAGAAAUAUUCAUGGCUCCGAAACCUUCGUCAAUGGACUCGCUUAUCAGCAGAUCAAUUGUUACAUGCCGCACAAGAUCGAGAACUAUAUCGGCAAAUUGUUAUGGAAGCUACCCACGCCUAAAAAUUUGGGCACGGUACUUAAAAAAAGAAGAAGAUAUUAUAUUUUAUUUCGUAGAAGUUCUGUUCAAUGCUAAGGGUUAACGUACCACGUUACAAAGGUGUUAUUGGGACCGUGCAAGUUCGGCAAAGCGACCCCUAUUUCUACGCUCUGUACUAUUAUUCGCACUUUUAAUUAUAUUGGCCAAUUAUAUUAGUCCUGGUUACUGGAUAAUUGUCAAGGCCAUAGUCCAAAAAAAUAAUAAGAAGAAAAAAUAAGAUUCAGGUUAUGUUAUGAAAACAUCAACAAUUGUAUGUAGUAAAUAAAAUUAGUUAUUAAAAUGCAGUACUGCAAGCAAAAUACAAUUAAUUAAAUUUACCUUUAUAUAAUAAUUGCAUAUCAUAUCAAUAUUGUGGAGCAAUAUAUAAUUUUUCUGCUUCAUUGACAGAAGGUAUGAAAUAUACGUCAAUUUGACAAUUUCAAUUGACAAUAUGAAUUAUUUAAGAUAAUUGCAAUAUUUCUCCGCGACUCGCGCAGGGUCGUUUCUCGUUUCCCUUUCCAAGUACUUGCACACCGCUAAUAGGUAUAUUAUCUUCUGCGAGAGGCACAAGAUCUCUGUCCAGCAGUGGAUAAGCGAAGAUUGAAUGAUGAUGAUUAAAUUGAAUUCGGCCUCAUCAGAUUGAUCUAUAAUUUUUUUAAGGAUAAACCAAUUCAACUAUCAUUUCUGUUUGAUGAUAAUUUCUUUAAUUGAGCUAUUUUACCCUUACAAAAUGAGAAUUGUCUUUAAAGAGUGCAGAUUUAUUUCAUUCUUGCUAAUUUUGAUAUUACACAGUUCAUUCCAAUCUUAUGUGUUUGCCCUCUGACACCCUGAUGUGAGAAACCCUUCUUAAAAGGCGUUUUGAUUUAAAAUAACUUCCAUCUUAAGAGCUUUCCAUAUGUGUCGAAGACUUUUGAAAACCUCAAAGCAUAUGAAGAGUAUAGAGUUGAAUUCCUGGGACUAUUCUACGAUUAUUCUAUAUUAAUUUGCUCUGCGCAUGAUCGGUUUGGUCUGAAGCUGGCUUGACCAUUCCUUAACACUGGUUCCUCACUAUAAAACCACACCAUGCCAUAAAACUGAUAACUAGAUCAAAUAAUUUUUUGUAAAUGGGCUUUUACGUCAUCAAUUUUAUAAAAAUCAUAAAUUCAUGCAUGAAAAAUGCUACUGUUCUGAGCAGAAGGUGAUAACAGCUUUGCACGAAUUAUAAUUUUAGCUUCCAUGUUUUGUAUUGUAAGUAAAGUAACACUUCUGUUGUUAUUAUUUCUAAUUUUGAAAAUAAAUAAAUUUUUAAAAACUACGUUUCGAAAUUCAAAGUUAUAAUUGGCGCAGUCAGUAGGAUUUGAUAUUUUUCAAUUUUGUUUUGAGAAAAUUCUAAUUAAGGGUAGUUUUGAGUUUAAUUGGAGUUGCAGAAGCCACAUUUUCAAAUAAAGGUAGAUUUAUAUUUUUAAUAGUUUUUAUUUCUAAACUAUCACACUGACUUAAUAGUUUGUUAAAAUCUGUGAGCGAUUUGUAUUGUUUACUAAUACUAGUAAUGGACGUGCAAAACUAUUCGUCAACUUCUCCAAUAUUUCGUUACAAUAUAAAAUAUGUUUAUUUAAAAAUAAUAUUAUGUUUUAACAGUAAAGACAAAUCGUCAUUUCGAUCAAAUCAAUUUAGCGUGCCAUUUGACGAAGCAGGGUAUCAUAAUAAAUUACAAUAUCCUGAUUAGGUAGAUAGGUAUAGAGUAAAUAAAUAAUGAACAGCUAACGGACAAUUUUUUUAAACUGUCACAUUUUGUUUACUAGUCAAAAAGUGCUUUUUGCUAUUUUGUAGUACUUAUUCUAAUUAAUAUUUUUAUAACAAAACCUACUAAUUACUUUAAAAAUGAAAAAGAUAUUAAACUUAAGAAAUCUGUUGGUUAGGUAGUUUAAAUUGUUUUUUACAGUGUCAUGAGGUUUUUUAGUCCUGUCAUAAUCUGCACAAAAAUAGCAAGUUGCUUGCAGUCAGCCGGUAGGUACUUAGAUUUUUGUACCUUUUUGUAGAACUUGAAUUUCUAUAUCCUCCAAGUGAAAAAAUUGUAAAAAUUUAUGGCAUCAGUAUUGAACAAGUAAUGGAAAUGAAAUUACACUCUCCAGCUACGGAGACCUGGACAAAGAAAUGAGAAAUAAGUACAAAAAAACAAUAAACUGGCAGGAUGCCUUAAUAGCACUAUAUGGCGAAACCGAUAUAUUAACACUGAGAUGAAGUCAAGAAUUUAUAAAGCCAGUUUAAGACCAAUAAUGACAUAUGCAUCAGAAACAAGACCCGAUAUAGCCAGUAUACAAAAAUGAAAGUAGGUACUGGGAAGAAUUAGAGGAAAUAAGCUGAGAGAUCGAAAGGGGAGUGAAGAUAUUAAAAGAAAAUCUAACGUGCAGUAUAUAAACCAAUGGACACUAAGUAGAAAAACAUGAAUGGAAUAACCACAUUAGCAGAAUGGAGGAAACAACACAGAGGGUGGUCAAAAUAGCAAGAGAUAAAUCACAAAUUGGUAGAAGAAGUAUAGACGAACCACGCAAAAGAUGGAGUGACAGCCUUCCAUGGAGGUAUCAAUCUAGUAAUGAACAAGCAAAAUUGCUUAUAAAGAGGAAGAAGAAGAAGAAGAAAUUGUACAAGUACAUUCCUCUGUUUUUUUAUCUUACGACAAAAAUUAAUUUGAGUUAAAUUUUUCGAAAUGAAAUUUUAUAUUAAAGUCUACUUGUGCCAUUAAUAAAAAACAUGUUGAGGAGAUUUCGGAAAAAUCCUGUUAAAGUUUCUGAAAGGAAACCGUAAAGGAACUAUAAAGUUGUUCUGUCUUUAUAUAAAUUUGCUUUGACGAUAAAAAUAUUUCAAAUUUAAUAUAAAUUUACAGUAAACAUUGAUAUCUUCUUCUUCUUUAAGUCCCGCCUCCGAAUCGGAGGUCGGAUAUUACCUUCACUAUCUUUACUCUAUCUACCGCUGCUCUGCUGAAGAGUUCUAUAGAACUACAUUUAAACCAGUCCCUUAAAUUCUUCAAUCAUGACACUCCGUCUUCCUAUACUCCUUUCUCCUUUUAUCUGUCCCUGUAUAUUAUCAGUCUUAGCAAUUCAUAUCGCUGCUACGACUGAUAGCAUUGAUACUGAACAUUGAUAUACAUUUUUCAAAUCGCUAAAAACGAUUUCUUCUUAUUUAAGUGCUGCUUUCCAAUCUUAAGUUGGAUAUGAUCAUCAUUAUCGUUAGUCUUGGUUUGCCCCAUCGACCUAUAUAUUUUGGAUAAUAACUGAAUUGAAUUUAAUAAGUCUCUUGUUAUAAUCAAUUUGGUGUAUGAUUUUUAAAAUAUCUUCUUUUAGGCUUAUUUCGUACUAAAAUCUAAGUUCCGUUUAACUACAACCAACUCUGAACAAUUCCUUUAAUGAACUAUUUCAUUUUUAUGGGGACUGUCAUGAUAUAAUAAGUAUUUAUAAUGAAAUAAAUUGUCAAAAAACCAGCUUUAUAUAAUUUAUAAAUGGAUGAGUUUAAUAAUUUCAUUUUUAAUAAGUAAUUAAUUUACUACGCUAUUUAAUAUACACCAAAAUAUAAGCAACUAAUAUACAGGGUGUGCCAAAACAAGCGGAACUGCCGAAUAUUUCGCGAAAUGAACAUCGGAUAGAAAAACUGAAAAACAAGAGUGUUCAAUAUUUUUCUAAAAUCUAUCGAAUGACGCAAAACAAGACCUCCCAGCCACACCCCCUAGAGCGAUGAGGGUGGCAUAGGAAUCUCCAUUUUUGAUUGUAGAUUUGGAGUCCUCAUAAAAAAAAUCUAAGUAACUUUUAAAAUGAACAUUUUUUUUAUUGUUGAUAGAGGGCACUAUAAUCGGGAAAAACGAUCAGAAUCUGCAAUAAACAAUAGGAAUUCCUAUUAAAGAUUUCAAAUUUACCCCACCCCUCCCCUAGGGCGUAGUGUGGGGGUCAUGUUUGGUAACAUUCGAUAGAUUUUUGAAAAAUAUUGACCACGUGUUUUUCAUUAAUUCGAGAUAUUAGACCGUUUCCAUAAUUUUCCUAGGAUAUAGGAAAGGAUAAAUCUCUUUUCCGAUUAUAGCGCCAUCUAUCAAUAAUUCGAAAAAAUGUCUCGCAUACUUAUUGUUGCACAAUGAAUUCAAAUCUGCAAUAAAAAAUGGGGUUCCUAUUUUAAAAUUGCCCCCAACCCCCUCUCCAGAGAGUGGAGUGGGGAUAGAUUUUGGAAAAAUAAUGAAAACGUGUUUUUCAUCCGAUGUUCGUUUCGUGAAAUAUUCGACCGUCUCGCUACUUUUGACACACCUUGUAUGAAAAUAAUUCUGGUGAUACUCACGACCUUUAUAUUACACUUAAUAUAAUCUCUUCCAGUGAAUAAUGACAUAAAAAUUGGUUGCUUGCAUUUUGGAUGUAAAUACACUUCUCCAAGAAAUUAACGCAGCACUUUAAAAAUUGGUCAUUUUUGAUGUCUCAAAUUUUCAAAACCUGUUGUCCGAUUUAAGUGAUUUUUUAACAUGUUAUAGCCUUAUUCUUUAACAAUAUCGCUGUAAUAAUAUUGUUGCUAGACAGGUAAAUUGUCAUUGUAUACCGGAUCUACCAAUCAAACUGUGUACGUGACCCUGUGGAAUAUUCUAGCAUUUAUAAAAUACUGAAAUUAAAACCAAACUAUAUACAUAUUAUAGCCUCAUGUUUUCUUAACAUUAUGUUUCUUGAUUCAUUCGCUUAUGUUGGAUAAUAAAAGAGUUAGGUACUUUAACAACUAGCCUUGUUAUUUAUCAAUACGGGUGUUUUUAAAUAAGUAUGGCAAACUUUAACGGUAAUUCUGCAUGAAAAAUAAUGACAGUUUGCUUUAUAAACGUAUGUCCGCAAAUGCUUCGUUUCCGAGGUAGGAGGUGUUGAAAUUUUUCUUACAAACUGACGAAUUAUUUAUUGCUCUAAAACCGGUUAAGAUAUGCAAAUGAAAUUUGGCGGGUUUUAAGAGGUAGUUAUUGCGCAUUUUUUGAUAUACAAUUAGGAAAUGAAUAUUAACCAUUGGUGCGCAUACGGGUAAUAUGACCCUUAUGUGCGCCAAUGGUGAACACAAAAUUGUAUGUCAAAAAAUGCACAGUAACUAUCUCUUAAAACCCGCCAAAUUUCAUUUGCAUAUCUUAACCGAUUUUAGAGCAAUAAAUAAUUCGUCAGUUUGUAAGAAAAAUUUCAACAUCCCGUAUCUCGGAAACGAAGCAUUUGAGGACAUAUGUUUAUCAAGCAAACUGUCAUUAUUUUUUCAUGCAGAAUUAUCCCUUAAAGUUUGGCAUGCUUAUUUAAAAAGAUCCUGUAUUAACGAAAAACAAGGCUAGUUGUUAAAGUACCGAACUUUUGUAUUAUCGAACAUAAGCGAAUGAAUCAAAAAACAGAAUGCUAAGAAAACAUGAGGCUAUAGUUAGGUUUUAAUUUCAGUAUUUUAUAAAUGCUAGAAUAUUCCUGAGGGUGUUGCGAACUUUGAGAAGAAAACACUGUUUGAUUGGUACACCCGGUAUACAAUGACAACUUUACCUGUCUAGCAACAGUAUUAUUACAGGGAUAUUGUUAAAGAAUAAGACUAUACCUAACAUACUAAAAAAAUCCCUCAAAUCGGACAAUAGGUUUAGGAAAUUCGAGACAUCAAAAAUAGCCCAUGUUUAAGGUAGUGCGUUAAUUUCUUGGAGAAGUGUAGAUUUUUUUGUUUGCUCUCAAAGAAUCGUCAUUUUGUAAUUACAAUUCGCAAUGUGUGAUUUGUGAGAGUUAGUAAAUUUUAUACAAUGUUAUAUAUAGUCUAUAAUAAAUUUUAAGCAUUUAAUUUUUAACUAGAGAUAUAAUUUAGUAAUUUGUAUGACAUUUUUAACUUCUUAUUUAUUGUUUACUAGGUUCUAAGAACAGUCGAUUCUUUUUGUAUUUCUUUAAAAAAUAUUCAAUUUUAACUUUACUCAGUAUUAAAACCCCUAUUUACUAGCAAGAGUUCUCGAAUUAUUUGUAUACCUAAGGAAAUAACUAGAAAUUAUGAAUUUAAUCAUUUACUAAUUUUCCAUGCGAUUAUUUUUUGUUACCAAAUAUUUAACCGUAAUAAAGAUUUUACCUCAUAAA